AUGACGACGCCUACUGCUAUACCAGCUCCUGCGGCAAGCGCGGAUGUCCCUUGGCGAAUUCUCGACGAGGACGAAUUUGCUGAUCCCCUACAUCACACGACGCCGCUGACGCCGCCCACCACAGUUCCUCCAGGGGCGUUGCAGACUCCAGAUGCUGCACAGAUUAUCUACCCAGAUUCAAAUAUAGCUCCUGUGUUUGUGCUGGGAGUGAGGCAGGUAUUCCCUACAAUGAAUGAUGCUUACGACUUUUACAAAGAUUAUUGUAAGAUAGCCAGGUUCAGUUUAAGGACUGACAGGACUAGCAAAGAAACAAGCCACUGGGUCUGCUCCAGGAGAGGGUGGCAUGAAAGCAAAGCGGGGGAGGUGCCAAACAAGACUGAAAAAGGGUUAAAAAGGUGCGGCUGCCCUGCAUAUGUCAAAGUUAAGGAGGACAAGAAGCGGAAGCUAUGGUACUUUGACCAUGAUGUAGAUGCAGAUCCAAAAACUGGGGUGCUGAAGAACAUCUUCUGGAGCCAUGCAAGCCGGAGGGCUGAAUAUAGGGAUUUUGGAGAUGUCAUUACAUUUGACACAACACACAAAACAAAUAGUAAGGAUAUGCCGCUUGCCAUGUUUGUUGGGGCCAACAAUAACUUAAAGAAUGUUACAUUUGGACAAGCGCUGAUUGGUGACGAAUCUACUGGAUCGUUCAAAUGGUUGUUUGAGACCUUCAUGGCAUGCAUGGGUGGUCGGCAGCCUCAUGCCAUCAUGACAGAUGAGGAUCUGGCUAUGAGUCAGGAAAUAGCGAUGGUCUUUGACAAAUCACAACAUAGAAACUGCUACUGGCACAUCAUAAGGCCAUGGGAGUUUGAGCUGGACCAGCUGUACACCCUCCACAAGAAUAAGAACUUGAAAGAAAGAUUAGAAUCGUUGAUAAAUUAUCCACUGGGGCCAACGCAAUUCGAGGUCGAAUGGCGGGAGCUAGUUGACGAAUGUGGCAUUGCUGAUCACCCAGCAAUAAAAGCCCUGUGGGAUAAGAGGGAGAGAUGGAUUGCAGCUUACUUCAAGGGAAUGUACUAUGGUAGGAUGACAUCAACAUAG